AAAGUAGUGGAUUACUCAGUUUUGCUGGUGUGAUGCCUCGUGUAAAGCUACUGCAGGAGUUACAGCGUCCAUUCAGCCUUGUGUGCGGAGAGGGUCAGUAUAAAAGCCGGUGGACAUUAAAUGGGAGUGGCGGAGUGUGUUAGCACCAGCAGCCAGUGAGCAGAAGAUUUGUAAUCUCUGUCAGAGCGCUGCGGUGCCAUUGGCUUCUCUCCUCCUGAAGAGCCACCGGCACCGAGUCAGCGAGGGGGGAAGGUCCCGGGCUGGCUCUCCAACAUGAACCGGUCUCCUCACAGCCGCCUGAAGAAGCGCGUUCAGAACUGAUCCUGGCUCAGUUUCAGGGACAUUAGACGCCUGGGUCCUGAAGGACGUAUGACUCCACCGGCGCAUCUCCUGUUCUCAUUCUGCUAAAAGCUACUGGCAGUUUUUCCUUUUUUUCCCCCUUUCUUCAUGGCGUCUCCUCAACAGUCAAGGAUUCAGUCGUAUCUGGAGAAGAAUAAAAUCGGACCCCUGUUUGAGGAGUUGAUGACCAAACUGAUAACUGAGACGCCGGACCACCCCAUCCCCUUUCUCAUAGAUCACCUGCAGACCAAGCAAGACAGCCCUGGAAAACUGCACAGAGCUUUCUCUGGUUCAGCAGCUCUGUGGGCUCAGAGUUCUCCAGAAAACAAGAACUCUCGCAGGGAGUACAGCAAAGUUGAGAAGCCAUGGCAAAUUACCCCGAAGAAACCCAAGAAGUCAAAAAGUGACCUGGCUGUUUCGAGUAUCUCUCCACCAUCACCAGAAUCCAAGUCCUUGCCGCGGUCUGUUGAGUACCCGUCCUGGGACUGGAGGGAGAGCCGCGACUUCGAUGAGCUCAGCCACAUUCUGCAGGAGAGCAAGAAGCUGGGCAAAGCCCUGGAGAGCCUGUCGCGCAGCAUUGCCAUCUCUGAUGAGCUUGACCAGUCUUUUUUGGGAUACAACACAGUUCUGCGUCCUCGGGUGGUGGGGGAGUGGAUCGGCCGUGACGACAACGAUGCAGACCCACUGGCCGCGGAGAUGCUGCACCCUCCGGUCCCUCGAGCCAAAACUGAAGCGUGCUGGAGCGGAGAAAACAGCCCAGCUCACAGUCUGAAGAUGGAAACAAAGAGCAAAGGGUUAAAGGAGCAGCAGCAGCACCACAAGAAGCUCCUGGCAGCCAUGUUGUCCCAGGACUCCUUUGAUUCUAUCAGUAGCCCCGCCCACUCUGUCCUGGAGGAAGAGAUUGAGGAUGAGGACGAUGCUAUGGAGCUUCUGGAGGACCUGGAUGACCUGCGGAUGGAGGGUGUGACGAGGCUGGCUCCGUCCGGCAGCAAGUUCAGCCAGGGACGCAGCUCCUACCAGCCUGAGCCCCAGGCCAAAGUUACUCUCAACAUCUGCUCGAGGUGUGCCAGGUUGCAGGGGGACACCUUAUCAAACAGCCGAUCUGAGGAAGAGCACAGAUCUCACAUAUCUGAACAAGCGGUACCUGACAUCACCUCGCAGUUGCCUGGGGUGGACGCAGUGGCGGGCCGACUGAAGGAAUGCGAGGCCUUAUCUCAAGUGUCUGCCUCUCGUCAGGCUGUCUGGGACGCUGAUCUGAAGGCUGUGAGAGGUGGGAGCUCUGUGGGGCAGACGGGAUCACUGCUCGGCGACUCCCUCUUUUCCAAAGAGCUGGAGAACAUGGGCAAACAGCUCGCUGAGGUUGAGAAGGACUUGGCCAAACUGGCAGAAGUAGGAAAGAUGACCACUCGGAGCUCCAAUAAUCCACACAGCAGUCUCCACAAUCCUCUGCGCCAUCGAACACUACCUGGCAUGCUUCCUCUCCAAAGCCUUGUCUCCAGACCCCAGUCCCCCAACUUCUCUAGCAUCGGCCUCCCCUUGCAUAAUCCCAAGCCCACUUCCUUGACCAUGGGACGGACAAAGUCUCCCAGCAACCCUGGGAGUAGGACUCCAACCCCUAGAACCCCUAGCAGACCUGUGACCCCUACUAGCUUACUUACACGCUCUAGUUGUAACCCUGGAUCUCACAAAGAGGUGACCUUCAGGAGGUCACGAAGUCGCCCUGUGACACCCACAAGUCAGCCGAUCCUCACUCGACCUCUGCUGACCCCUCCAGGACUCAGUACUACAGACAGCCUCGGUGCCAGUCUUCGGGCGUAUUUAUCUGAGGAUGAGUUUUACCAGCAGUUACAGGCCAUCAGACAGCCUUGGCACAUCCCCAGUGACACAGACAGCGACAUCCUGGAACCUCCUGAACAGGAUAAGAGUGGUUCGCGGGAUGGCAACAAGAGAUCUGUGUUUUCAGGCCUAUAAUGACGGAGCCCAGAGACACUGAUCCAAUCAAACUAUUAUGCAAACCACUGGACAUUUUCAAUACGUGUACAAAGACGAUUAUUUUUAUAAAACAAACAAAUAAGGAAAAAAAUAGGAUUGUAUACUUUUUUCACCAAUAUUUCAUACACAACGUACUGUAACUGUAUUAUAAAGGGAGAACAUAUUACUUGAGAGUAUUGAAUAUGCCUUUAAAUCUUGUUUGCUCUGUAGCAUGAUGUUAAAACUCCACAGCGAGACCAGAAAAUAUGCUUUUUGCUGUUAACUGACCCUUCUGCAGGCCUAGUUCAUAUUAGAAUUGUGGGGACAGCACAUCCGUUUAAUGGUGUUUAUUGACAUGCACUGUUAAGAGUUGUGGAGGGAACAUAUGGAAUGUUGUUUAAUUUAUUAAAAUGAUUUAAUGCAGUUGUUCUGUUGUUGAUUAAUGGACUCUGUUCUUUUGAAUUUUGUCCAAGAAUGUCAACUUCUAUACGACAGGAGAGUUCUCCGGGGGAUUUUUGGUAAAGGUACUCUUUCCACAUUUAGCUUUGUUGCUCAUAAAUGCAGAAUUUUACAUCCGUUGUCUUCUGCUUAUCCGGGGUCGGGUGGCGGGGCAGCAGCCUAAGCAGAGAGGCCCAGA